AUGGCUGAUGACAGAGAUCGUGCUAUCAGGAAAUAUGCUCUCCCCCUCUUCAAUGAGCUCAAUCCAGGCAUCGUUAGACCAGAAAUUCAGGCUGCACAGUUUGAAUUGAAGCUAGUCAUGUUCCAGAUGCUUCAAAUUGUGGGCCAGUUUAGUGGAAUGCCAACAGAGGAUCCUCAUCUUCAUCUUCGAUUGUUCAUUGAAGUGAGUGAUUCAUUCAAGCUGCCCGGAGUGACAGAGGAUGCACUGAGACUAAAGUUGUUCCCAUACUCCUUGAGAAACAGAGCUAGAGCUUGGUUAAACUCUUUGCCAUCUGAUUCUGUGACUACUUGGCAAGAGUUGGCUGAGCGGUUUUUGACGAAGCACUUCCCUCCCACUAAGAAUGCCAAGCUACACAAUGAGAUUACUUCAUUUCAGCGACUUAAGGAAGAAUCUUUAUAUGAGGCAUGGGAGCGGUUUAAGGAGUUGUUGCGCAAAUGCCCUCACCACGGCAUUCCUCAUUGCAUCCAGAUGGAGACAUUCUAUAACGGUCUCAACGCUCAUACUAGAAUGGUGGUUGAUGCUUCAGCGAACGGGGCUCUUCUUACUAAGUCCUAUAAUGAGGCUUAUGAAAUACUUGAGAGGAUUUCCAACAAAAACUAUAAGUGGCCCACUUCUAGAUUGUCUACAGGUAGAAAGGUGGCUGGUAUUCAUGAUGUAGAUGCCAUCACUUCUUUGGCAGCCCAAGUAUCCUCUAUUUCUAAUAUGCUCAAGAUAAUGAAUAUGGGGAUGAAUCAAUCAAUGGGGCAGCCUAUGGGGACACAAUUUGGGCAAAUGGAGAACAUUUCUUGUGUGUAUUGUGGUGAGGGUCAUACUUUUGAAAACUAUCCUUCCAAUCUAGUAGUUGUGUGUUACAUGGGGAAUCAAAAUAGGAAUGGCCCUUAUUCUAAUUCCUACAAUCCAUCAUGGAGGCAACAUCCCAAUUUUUGUGGAGUAAUCAAGGGGUUGGCCCUAACAAUUCUUCAAUCCCUCACAAGCACCACAACAAAGGCCACAACAAGCAAUGCAAUCUAG